AUGGGUUUUCUUCCAAUCGAUACUCGCGAGGCUUUGCAUUUGAAUGAUCUUCAUUCUCGAGCUACAUGUUACCGUCGAAACUAUGGUUACUACACAUGUAGAUCCGGAUGGUCUCGCUUUGGAAGAUGGAUUUUGGCCGGUGUACUGAUAUUAAUCGGUCUCGUAUUCCUCUUUGCGUUUAUGUGCAUAACCCGCAAACGUCGUCGCCGCAACCAAAUUAAAUCGAGCAAUCAACCCAUGGCCUACACACAACCCACCAACACCAAUACCAACACAUACGGUCAAGCACCUGUUUCCAAUACCUAUAAUCAGCAGCCUGCCCAAGACUACAAUUAUUCACAGCCUCAACAAUCUUAUGCUCCGCCUGCGGGGGCGCCACCUAUGUAUGGAGGUGGGGGUGCGCAUGUGGGUGCGAAUCAGGAUUAUUAUGGUACGAGUGGGGUGACGCAGCCGGCUAAUACUUAUGCUAAGUAA